GUUUCUACGACAGUAAAAUAUGCGUGGCAAACCAUUUGCAUACAUAAAUAUAUACAGCCUAUAUAGUGCAUAUUAAUUUUGUAGUUUCUGUAAGGCAAGGGAAUAAAUUAGGUGUUAUCAGCUCAAAUUAGACAAUGCAGACGUCCCAGACUUCAUCAAAACGCAGAAAGUGGCAAUUGAAGGGGCGGGGUGAUUUGAUGGAGGCUUCUUUUUCGAACACUUUGGAUGCCCCGCUGCUGGAUUCUACCACAGGACGAAGAAGGCGCGUUUCCAUUGGUGAUGGCGGACCAUCGUGCAGCAGCGCAGAAAAUAUCCAUCAGCUUUAUUCAGCCAAUAGCAGUGGGUGCACUUUAGAUUGUUACGAUGAUUAUGGAUUCCGCGUCACCUCACAUGAGAAGCUGGCGGAGAGUAAUUACAAAAGGCUACACGCACCGUCGCAGCAUUUCUCUGAGCGUUGGAUGGAUAUCUUGAACCACUGGGAUCGAGUCUCUUUGAGGACAAAGAAAAAGUACUGUCGAGCCGGCAUUCCGCAGGCUAUCCGGGGUAAAGUGUGGCAGCUUCUUCUCGGCACCCUUAACACGCAGAGCACCCCGGGGAAACGAGGGGUCUAUGCCAAUCUAAAGUCUAAGCCUUUGGCAUCAAAAGGAAUUUCUGGUACCAUUGAACGAGACCUGGGUAGGACCUUUCCGACACAAAUUAUGUUUGAGAACAAUGGGGCAAAUAAUGGAAGGGAUGUGCUCCGUAACAUUCUCCACGCCUACGCAAAUUAUAACACGCUAGUUGGGUACUGUCAAGGAAUGAACUUUCUUGUAGCGACCCUUCUAUUGCAAAUAAAUGAUGAGGAGAGCACAUUCUGGGCUUUUUGCGCCUUAAUGGAGCGCCCACCUUAUCAGAUGGAGAGCCUCUACGAACCAGGGUUUCCACAGCUUCAUUGUUGCUUUUAUGUUCUGGAUAAGCUUCUAAACGGACACAAUAAAAAGGUAUUCAAGCACCUGAAGAAGCUCAAUAUUGAAGGCAUUCACUUCGCUACCCAUUGGUUCCUGUCAGUUUUUACCUAUCAAUUCAACUUUAGACUGAUUUCAAGAAUCUGGGAUAUGUUCUUGUGCGAAGGUUGGAAGCCAAUCUACCGUAUUGCUCUCGCUUUGCUGUCGAUGGAAAAGAAGCAAUUGCUUGCGCAACGCUCUGACUCGGACGCUCUGAUGGUACUGGGAACGAUUCAGGAGGAGAAAAAUCCGGAUGAGCUGUUGAAAAACGCCCUGUCAAUUAAAUUUCAAACGAAGAAAAUCCACCGAUACAUUCGAAAGUUUCGAAAUCAGUAA